AUGUCUUCAAAGCCAACUUCUCGGGAAUCAAAAGUCCAUCUCGCCCACCGUCUGGCUCUAGUCAAGCUCCAUGAUGACAUCGAAGCUCUUGAGGUUCAUGAACUUGACGCGUCGCAACUCGCCAAGUUGAACAUCAAGCGCGAGCAUAUGAGUCUUAGGGAAGACUCGGACCUCAAGCCCCGUUACUUCGCGGCGAUAUCUAACAUCCCACAACCUACCGAUGAAGUGAUCGAUGAAGCGGUCGAUGUGGAAGGCCUUUUUGAAGACACAAUCUCUAGAUCAUAUCAUUUCGAAAGAGUGUGGCGACAUUAUGGUCUAGAGGUACGAUGGGAGUGUAAUGACCGCGUAUGGCGUUCGAAGCCUGUUUGCAAGUACCAUGCUUUCAAGUCGUUGUACAAGUGUGACAAGCCCCAGUUUGGCGUUUCGUGGAUCAUGGACAUCCCCGGGGCAGCAGCCCCACAUAUUAAAGUAAUCGCACACAGCGGCUUACUGGUGGAUGAUAGCAAGCUCUGCCGUGGCGAGCUAUUGAUUAUCCUCCGCCUAAUGAUCUGCCAGUUCAGGAUGGUGCGGUUACUCCACCAUAAAGUGGCACCGGUUUUGGUCGCCUCGUUCAUGGGCGAGCAUGCACGUAUGCUGGAGUCCUAUUUUGAUGGUGAAAGCCUUAUUCUACGCUCUUCUGAUCUUUACCACCUGUCUGAGAGGAAAACUACGGCAGAGGUAUUUGAAGCAUUUGCGAUGUGGUUUGCCGGUAAUCCAGCGGGAGAAACC